CGUCCUCGCGCAUGCGUAGUCUCCUUCGCCCGCGAGGAGUUCCGGGGUCGCACUGUCAACCUGGUUAAAUAAUUUAAAAAAAACAUCAACACACGGUUCUGUACACUUUCCUCCAUAUUAUCUUUCCCUCACCCGAAUCAGAGGAGAUUCCGGCCGCAAAAGGGCCUCUGUGGAGAAAAGAUGAACUUCUUCAGGGGAGUGAUGGGCGGGCAGGCAGCCGGGCCGCAGCCGACCGGAGCGGAGACGAUCCAGAAAUUGUGCGACAGAGUUGCCUCGUCGACUCUCCUCGAAGAUCGCAGGGAUGCGGUCCGUGCUCUCAAAUCCCUCUCUAAGAAAUAUCGCAUGGAGGUUGGCACGCAGGCGAUGGAUCACUUGAUAAACAUCCUGCAGACUGACAGAUCCGACUCUGAAAUCCUCGGCUACGCUUUGGACACUAUGUACAACAUUAUCUGCAACGAUGAGGAGGAAGAGCAAGACGAAUCAGAAGAUGAGACUGCCCAGAAGCAGGCAGAUGAUCUGGGCGCCAAGUUCACAGAAGCCUUCAUCCAGGACCCCGAACACAUCACGCUUCUCCUCACCAUGUUGGAGGAGUUUGACUUCCACGUGCGUUGGCCCGCCGUGAAGCUGCUGACGGCCCUGCUGAGGAACCAGUGUGUCCAGUUGCAGAGCAUCAUCCUGGUUAGCCCCAUGGGUGUCUCCAGGUUGAUGGACCUGUUGGCCGAUUCUAGAGAAGUGAUACGCAACGACGGUUUGCUGUUGCUCCAGCAGCUGACCAAAAGCAACGCAGCCAUCCAGAAGAUUGUGGCCUUCGAGAACGCCUUUGAGCGUCUCCUGGAUAUCAUCACCGAAGAAGGCAGCAGUGAUGGAGGCAUUGUCGUGGAGGACUGCCUGCUCCUAUUGCGCAACCUCCUCAAGAACAACAGCUCCAACCAGAACUUCUUCAAAGAGGGCUCCUUCAUCCAGCGCAUGAGGCCAUGGUUCGAAGUCGGCGACGACAACUCGGGCUGGUCGGCACAGAAGGUCACCAACCUCCACCUCAUGCUGCAGCUGGUGCGAGUCAUGGUGUCCCCGGUGAACUCGCCCGGAGCCACGGCCAGCUGUCAGAGGUCCAUGUACCAGUGUGGCCUCCUGCAGCAGCUGUGCACCAUCCUCAUGGCCACCGGCGUGCCGGCGGACAUCCUCACUGAGACCAUCAACACUGUGUCAGAAGUCAUCAGGGGCUCGCAGAUCAACCAGGACUACUUUGCGUCAGUUAACGCACCAUCCAACCCACCCAGACCCGCUAUCGUGGUCCUGCUCAUGUCCAUGGUGAACGAGAGGCAACCUUUUGUGCUACGCUGCGCCGUGCUCUACUGCUUCCAAUGUUUCUUGUACAAGAACCAGAAAGGGCAAGGGGAGAUCGUGGCCACGCUGCUGCCUUCCACCAUCGACGCGAAUUCCAUCUCAGCCGGCCAGCUGCUGUGCGGCGGGCUGUUCUCCGCCGACUCCCUGUCCAACUGGUGCGCUUCGGUGGCCCUGGCGCACGCCUUGCAGGACAACCUCACCCAGAAGGAGCAGCUGCUGCGGGUCCAGCUGGCCACCAGCCUGGGCAAGCCGCCCGUCUCCUUGCUGCAGCAGUGCACCAACAUCCUCUCCCAGGGUGAUAAGAUCAGCCGGCGGGGCAGCAAGGUGCAGACCAGGGUGGGGCUCCUCAUGCUCCUGUGCACGUGGAUCAACAACUGCCCCAUCGCCGUCACGCACUUUCUGCACAAUCAGGAAAAUGUGCCUUUUCUCACGGCGCAGAUCUCUGAGAACCUGGGAGAGGACGAACGUCUGGUGCAAGGCCUGUGCGCGUUGCUGCUGGGCAUCUGCAUUUAUUACAAUGACAACUCGCUGGAAAACUAUACCAAAGAGAAGUUGAAGCAGCUGAUCGAGAAGCGCAUCGGCAAGGAGAACUUUGUGGAGAAGCUUGGUUUUGUCACCAAACACGAGCUGUACUCGCGCGCCGCCCAGAAGCCGCAGCCGGUUUUUCCUUCUCCGGAUCAGAUGCUCUUUGACCACGAGUUCACCAAGCUGGUCAAAGAACUUGAGGGUGUGAUAACCAAGGCGGUCCACAAGUCCAGCGAAGACGAGAAGAAAGAAGAGGAGGUGAAGAAGACGCUGGAGCAGCACGACAACAUCGUCACGCAGUACAAAGAGCUGAUCAGAGAGCAGGACUCCAAGAUACAGGAGCUGAAGGAGCAGGUGUCCUCCUUGACCACCCAGACUGAACAGAUGCAGGCCACCAUGACCCAGCAGCAGAGCCAGAUCCAGCAGCACAAGGACCAGUACAACAUUCUGAAACUCAAGCUGGGUAAGGAAAACUCAAGUCAAGCUAGCAUCACACUGGGAGACGGCGCCCACGUCAACGGCGUUCAGACCGAAGAAGCGACGCAGCUUCGAGAGGAGAUGGAGGAGCUGCGCAGUCAACACGCCCUCCUCCAGACGCAGCUGGGUGAAAAAGACGCCAUCAUUAAUUCCUUGCGUUCCGAGCGGUCUCAACCAACCGAUGGUGACACAGCAGGCUCAGACAACGCGGAACUCCUCAAGGAGUUGGAGCUUCUGAGGAGUCAGGUCCAGUCGCAGGCAGCUGAGAUCGGUCAGAUGAAGUCAGACAAUGCUGAUCUGCUUAGAAGAGCUGAAACUGAGGUAAGAACUGGACUUAAAAACAAAAAAAUAUUUGGUGUCAUUUUUAAUCAAGUUGAACCUCUUCAGUCUAGCAGCGACUUCCCCUCGGAUGCUACCAAGACAGCCGAACUGGAGAGCAGACUAGCGGCGCAGACGUCCGAAGUGGAGAGAUUAAAAGAGGAGGUCCAGGGCCUGACGGGGGGCCGGGAGCAGCUAGAACAGCAGACGGCCUCGGCCACCAGCUCGGCGGCCAUCUUGAAAGCGGAGAUGGCCAAGCUUGAAGCGGAACUGCUGGAGUCCAAGAAAGAGCAAGACGACCUGCUCAUGCUGCUGGCCGACCAGGACCAGAAAAUCCAGAGCCUCAGGAAGAGACUCAAAGAUCUCGGAGAGACGGUGGAUGAUGAGGACGAGCUGGACACCAGGGACCAGACUGACGAGGACGAUGAAGAUGAAGAUUAGAAUGCAAGGACCGGUGUGAGGAACUUGGACUUUGAUUUUGAAGCAGGUGUCUCUCUUUCUCUGGCAGUUGCCACAUUUGUUCUUCACAUGUCCCACACGCGUACACCCUUUUGGCAUCUUGAGUCGAAAAAACUAAUUAGUGCGUUCAUCUCAUAGUUAACACGCUUCAAAACAACAAAAGUUAAUUUUUGAACUCACUUAACACAUUUAGACACCAAAAGUUGCAUAAAUAUCACAUGUAGUUGCUCUACGAUAUGCUGCAAAAACUGACACAAGAUGUGAAAACGUCAAAAUAAAUAUUUUUUGUCAUCCUGCUAGAUGAUGCAGUUAUGACCCAACUCGAAAGAAGACAGAUUAUAAUUGUUGGUAAAUUAAAUUUUACUAAAUCAAAAUGCCGUUUGUUUUGCAUUUGUUAUCAUUGUAAUCACAUUGUUAGAGUAUUUGCGUUUGUGUUGGGCGUGUCCUUCACUUUACUUGCAGUGUCUCUAGUUCAACGCUAGAGGGCGGCAAAGACCAUUCAGAAAAGUGUGAGUGGCCAAGCAUUGCAGUAUGUUCUAAAAAUACUCAUCCGGCUGACUGUCCACCAGCACAGCUCCAAUGUUAUUUUUGACCUAGUUAACUGGAUUGCGCUAGUUAGUGUAAAGUCAGUAAUAUGAAAAUAUAUUGAAAUAUAGUUUUAUUUAGUUUAACGGAGGACAUUUUUAUAGGUUUUUGUUUAAAGCAACAGCAAGAAAAAAAUUAAGCAUCACACUUGAGAAAAAAAUCUUGAUUUGGUAGUGAUGUAUUUAAUUUUAUUUAUUGACAAGUUCAAUACAGAAACUGAUCCUGCUGUAGCUCAACGCAAAUCGAUGGAAUAAGAUGUACAUAUGUUGGUGUGCUUCCCGGGCUGGUUGUCAGCCCAAUGGCAGUAGACAAGCAUUCACACCUAAGGACAAUUUGGAGACUACAAUGGCCCUAACAUGCAUGUUUUUGACAUGUGGGAGGAACCUGAUGUAACUGGAGAAAGCCCACACAAGCAAUUUUGAGAACAUGCAAACUCCACCCAAGAAAGCCAGAGAAUGAACCCUCGUGAGCUCAUGGCAAACUUGCUCCCUAUGCUGCCCCUGUACAUGUAAUAAAAUGUUUUAAAAAUG